UCUUGUGAUUCUUGUUUUUGUUCUUAUGCCAGGGUCAAACCCCGUGUUUGUUUGGACUGUUAUUGAUUGCUCUACUCUCAUUUUCCCAAGGCUGGUGUUUGUGGGAAAACUGAAGAGUUGGUACACAAUACCUAAGGCUUAAUUUCUGAAUUUGCUAAUCAAGAAGAAGCUGCAGGGUGUAGAGGUAAAACCAUGUCACACGACAAGGCUACCAAAAGACUGAGGCGUGGCAGGGAGAAACCAGUGUUAGACAACCAUGCGCCUAAGAAACUGAAGUACUGGGUGGAGGAAAAAUCCUCAGAGAACAACACUCCUCAAAUAAAGUAUGAUGUUUUUGUUAGCUUCAGGGUUGAAGACAUCCGCCACACGCUUCUUAGCCAUUUGAUUGGUGCUUUUCAAAGAAAGAAAAUAUGUGCCUUUAUAGAUGCUGAACUUCAGAGGGGACAUGAAAUAGGACCAUCACUUUUUCAAGCAAUUGAACGAUCAGACAUCCUGUUGAUCAUAUUCUCACCACAUUAUGCUUCUUCUCAUUGGUGCUUAGAGGAACUAGAGAAAAUCCUUGAGUGUAGAGACAAGUAUGAACGGACUGUGAUCCCUGUUUUCUACAAUGUGCAACCCACAGAUGUACGACAUCAAUUGCGGACUUAUGAAAAUGCAUUUGUUGAGCAUGAACUAAAUUAUCAGAACAAGGUACAAAUCUGGAAAGAUGCCUUGAAGCAUUCUGCUGAUUUAUCUGGAAUUGAUUCGUCAAAAUUUCCAUGUGAUUUUGAACUGGUUGAAGAAAUUGCCACUGUUGUGCUGAAGGGGUUGGCUAAACCCCUGGUUGUUGCAAAAGAACUUGUUGGAAUUGAUGAAAAAAUUGCAACAAUAGAAUCAUGGAUAAAAAAGGAUUCAAAAGGCACUUGUCUGAUUGGAAUUUGGGGUAUGGGCGGUAUAGGCAAAACAACCCUUGCAGAAGAGGUCUUCAACAAACUACAUUCUGAAUAUGAAGCUUGUUAUUUUUUGGCUCAUGAAAGGGAAGAAUCAAACAAACAUGGAAUAAUUUCUUUGAAGGAAAAAAUAUUCUCCGAACUAUUAGGAUGUGAAGUGAAAAUUUAUACACAAAAUUCAUUGCCAGGACAUAUUGCUAGGAGAAUCAGUCGAAUGAAGGUUCUCAUUGUUCUUGAUGAUGUUAAUAAUUCUGAUCACAUAAAAAAUCUAUUGGGAGAUUUUGGAAAUUUUGGAUCGGGCAGUACAAUAAUUGUAACAACUAGAAAUGAGCAAGUGCUCAAGACAAACAAGGUUGAUGAGACAUACCAGCUUACGAAACUCAGUUUCAACGAAGCUCUUGAACUUUUUCAUUUACUUGUCGGAAAACAAAACGAUAAUCAAAGGGAGUACAAUGAGCUAUGUGAAAGGGUGGUCCAUUAUGCCCAAGGUAUUCCAUUAGUUCUUAAAGUUUUGGCUGGUCAUCUUCGUGGAAACAAAAAGGAAGUGUGGGAAAGUGAGCUAGACAAGCUUAAAGGGAUGCCUCACAAAGAAGUUUAUGAUGUAAUGACAUGGAGUUUCUAUGAUCUAGAUCGUAAACAACAGCAGAUUUUUCUUACAGAGUGGAUAAAUGUGGGUGAGCUAAAGUUUUUAUUGAAAGAUAGCGAAAGGGAUAAUUCUGUUGUGGCUGAUUUACAAAGGUUGAAAGAGAAAUCUCUUAUAACCGUGUCCAAGGAUAAUUUUGUAUCCAUGCAUGAUAAUUUACAAGACAUGGCUUGGGAGAUUGUACGUCAAGAGUCUAUUGAAGACCCUGGAAGACGAAGUCGGUUGUGGGAUCCUGAUGACAUUUAUGAAGCAUUGAAAAGUGAUAAGGUUAGCCUAAAUGAAUAUAUAUCUUUUCUUUUGACUAACUUUUGGUUUACUCACACUUGGAUUCUUAACAAUUAUGAAUUUGAUUGCUUAAAUCAGCUUCACAUUCUUGCUGAGGGACUUCAAUUUUUGGCAACUGAACUAAGAUUUAUUGCCUGGCUCGGGUGCCCUCUUAAAUCCUUACCAGAAAAUUUUUCUGCUGAAAAACUUGUUAUAUUGAAGUUGCCAGAUAGCAACAUGGAAAAACUUUGGGAUGGAGUAAAGAAUCUAGUAAAUUUAAUAGAAGUUGACCUCAGUGGCUCUGAGAAGUUAAAGGAGCUGCCAGAUUUAUCAAAAGCCACAAAUCUUGAAGUACUAUAUCUUGGGGGUUGUUCUGCAUUGAUUUGUGUGCAUCCAUCUAUUUUUUCUCUGGCCAAACUUAAGAAAUUGGAGCUUUGGGGUUGCGUGUCUCUUACCACACUCACAAGCAAUUGUCACCUAGGCAGCCUCAGUUUUCUCGAUCUUGAUUAUUGCAAGAAUCUCACGGAAUUCUCAGUGAUUUCAGAGAAUAUGGAAGAACUGAGAUUAGAACGUACAAAGGUCAAAGCACUUCCCUCAUCAUUUGAAUUUCAAAGCAAGCUUAGAUUUCUAGAUCUAGCAGGUAGUGACAUUGAGAGUUUACCUUCAUCCUUAACAAAUCUUAAUCAACUGCUAUAUCUAGAGGUAAGUAAUACUUCACUUCAAGUCAUAACAUAUAACUCUAAAAGCAAGUUUCUGUACUCCACUUCAAAUUCUACCAAAUCUUCCACUCUACCCCCAUCCCUUAAAACUCUAAGUGCUCAAUACUGCAACUCACUUCAAAUUCUACCUGAGCUUCCACUGUCCCUUGAAACUCUAAAUGCAAAAUUCUGCCCUUCACUUCAGACUCUAUCAAAGCUUCAUCAGUCCCUUACAACUCUAGAUGUUGCAGGUUGUGAAUCCCUUCAAAUUCUACCAAACAUUCCCCAGUCCCUUGAAACUUUAGAUGUCAGUUUCUGCAAAUCACUUCAAACUAUACCAAAGCUUCCUUUGUCCCUGAAAAAUCUAGCUAUUAGACACUUGAGUUUAGUUAAAACUCUACCAAACCUUCCCCAGUCCCUUCAAACUCUACAUACUGAAUUUUUCCUUUUACUUCGGACUCUACCAGAGAUUCCCCACUCCCUUAGAACUCUGAAUGUUGUAUUUUGGACUUCACUUCAGACUCUACCAGAGCUUCCUCCAUCCCUUGAAACUCUAAGUGCCCAACACUGUUAUUCACUUCAAAUUCUACCAAAGCUUCCUCCGUCCUUGAAAACUCUAGAUGUUACACACAAUGUUUCACUUCAAACUCUACCCCAGCUUCCUCAAUCCCUUCAAACUCUAACUGCUAAAUCUUGCACUUUACUUCAAAUUCUACCAAAGCUUCCAUUGUCCCUUGAAACAUUAAAGGUGGAAUAUUGCUCUUCACUUCGGACUCUGCCAAAUCUUCCCCAGUCUCUUACAACUCUAGAUAUCACAUAUUGUAAAUCCCUUCAAACUCUACCAGACAUUCCCCAAUUCCUUGAAACUUUAGAUUUCAGCUUCUGCAAAUCACUUCAAAUUCUACCAAAGCUUCCUUUGUCCUUGAAAACUCUAGUUGUUGGACACUUGAGUUCACUUCAAACUCUACCAGACCUUCCACAGUCCCUUCAAACUCUGAAUACAAAAUUUUGCUCUUCACUUCUGACUCUACCAAACCUUCCUCAUUCCCUUAAAACUCUUGAAGUCCCAGGCUGCAAAUCACUUCAAACUCUACCAGAUCUUCCUUAGUCUCUUGAAACUAUAAAUGUAAGAACUUGCACUUCUCUUCGAAAUCUACCAAAUCUUUCACAGUCCCUUGAAACUCUAAAUGUUGAAUCUUGCUCUUCCCUUCAAACUUUGCCAGAGCUUUCCCCAUCCCUUAAAAUUUAAUUGCCCAAUCUUG